AUGGGAGAUCGAACCGACUAUGUCCCUACGCAUACGGGACGACAGGUGCUUCCCAAUCUACCCUUCUUUCAUAAAUUACUGCGCUAUGCACAGCGAAAGCCUGCACGCAUAGCCAUUCGAGAUGUCAAUGCAGGCUUGGAGAAAUCAUACCAGGAUUUGAUGUCGGAUGCACUUGUGCUGCGAGAGGAGCUGAAAAGGAAUCUCAAGCCAGAGACCUUGCAACAGUUAUCCGAAGAUAAAGAGAUCUAUAUUGGACUACUAGCUCCGGGGGGGUAUGAGUACACCGUUGGAUUUAUUGCGAUUCUUGCUCUGGGGGCGGCGGUUGUUCCGCUAGCCUCUGCAAUUCCGGUGGAAGAAGCAUCAUACUUCCUCCACAAGGCUCAGUGCGUGGCUCUGUUGGUUGGGGAAAUAAAUGCAUCCCUUGGCCAAUCCACCAUCCGAUCACUAGGGGAGACACGAAACUUCCACAUUCCCUGUCUCGCGCCAAUUGCCUCUUGCUUUGCCUCACACGCCACUCCAGCCGACGAGAUUGUCGUCUCCUCAAACCGAAUGCUUGAUAUGAAUGGUGCAAGUGCCGUGAUCUUCACAUCAGGAACCACGGGUCCCCCCAAGGGUGCCGUCCAGCGACGUACCUGGUUAACCGGUAAUGCAGAGGCAGAUGCGGACUUUUACCACAUCACUGAGCAGGAUGUCGUUCUGCAUGUUCUACCCGUUCACCACGUCUCUGGAGUAGGAUUGACGUUCCUUCCCUUCAUCAUUGCCGGCGCCUGCAUCGAAUUUCGAAGCGGCAGCUUCGAUACCGUAUGGACGUGGGAGCGUUGGCGUCGUGGAGGCUUGUCCUUUUUUUCAGCUGUACCAACCAUUUACAUGCGAAUGAUGCGAUACUACGAAGAAGUGAUCUCUCAGAAAUCAUCAAGGGAAUGUGAUGAGUUCAUUUCUGGUGCGCGCAACAUCCGCACCAUGCUCUGCGGCUCAUCCGCACUUCCCGGUCCUGUUCAAGACUUCUGGGAGACUCUUCGACAAUCUCCCAUUCUCACGCGAUAUGGAGCGACGGAGUUUGGUGCAGUCAUCAAGACAGACUUGGAUCCGUCGCAUACUCCGCGCAACAGUGUGGGUCGAGUCGUCGAGUCGGUUUCUCUCCGACUCGAGGCGGACGGUCAUUUACUUGUGAAAUGUCCCUAUAUGUUCUCAAAAUAUCUUCACGAUGAAAAGGCCACCAUCGAAGCUCACACGAAAGAUGGUUACUUUAGGUCCGGGGAUAUUGCCCGCCGAGAAGGCCCUUAUUAUUUCAUCCUCGGCCGCGCCUCGGUCGACAUCAUCAAGUCGGGGGGCUACAAGAUCUCCGCACUGGAUGUGGAGCGAGAGAUCCUCGGACUUGACUAUGUCGCAGAGGUGAUGGUGGUCGGCGUAGAAGACGAAGAAUUCGGACAAAGAGUCGCGGCUACAAUCAGUCUGAAGAAGGGUUCGCACGGUAUUGGGAGAUCCCUUACGCUGGAGAGAUUGAGACAGGAUCUCCGGGACAAGCUGACUAGUUACAGAAUGCCCACCAUCCUGCGGGUUGUCGAGGACGAGUUACCCAAGUCAGGUACUGCAAAGGUGCAAAAGAAAGUUCUUGGCCCUAUCUACUUUCCACCACAUUAUCGCAACCUGCCUGACGUGCAAGUGUGGGAGAGUGGCGGCUGGAAGGCGAAAAUCUAA